AUAACAAACAAAGAAAAAAAGAAAAAAAUCUCAUCUUCCGCCGUUGUCAUCUCGACGAGUGGUCGAAGAAAUCGCCCGUUCCUCUCCUCUCCAUUCUGUUUUGGCUCCGGGACAACAAUUCACGCCAAAACCCUCCAUCUUUCUCUCGCUAUGGCUGCCUCCUCCUCCACGGUGGAAGUGCCCAUCUUCCUUGCGCGGAGGACCAAGACCAAGGCCAGCUUUGACUCUCUUCCUCUGCCUCCCAAAUGGCAUCCCCUUCUCUGCCACGGCCGAUUGCGAGUCAAAUCGCCGCUCCGUGCUCCGAUUAGAAACCCACGCCACGAAUUCAUCAGAAUCAUCUGCGGACGACGACCCGCCGCUGCUUCGAGGUCUCCCCCUUGUUCAUUUUCCUGGGACGGGAACAACCCCUUCGGUGGCCGCCUCUUCAGCUCGGUCCUUGAGACCCUCACUGGUGCCAAGUGGCCGUCGAUUGCGGCCGUGCUCUUGGGAGCUUUUCUCACGGUCGCCGACCCAUGUCCCGCCUCCUGCGACUUCCUCCAUUCCGCCUCCUCUUGGCUCCAAUGGGCUCCGUCGUGCGCGGACGUCUGCUCCCUGUUCGGAGCUCCAGCCGAUGUCUUCCGAGAAAGUGAUGGCUCCUUCCUCCUCAUCAUGGUGGGAUCCUCCCUGGCAGCCGCGCUGCUGGCUGGACUUCUCCCGGACCCCCUUUUUCGUGAUGAUGAAAGCCACCUCUCUCUUCGGGUUCAAAAUUUAUGCAAGAUAAGAUCACUUCAAAGAAUUUUUGAUCAAUUCAGUCGAACUCCUGAUAUAUACACUACGGUGAUCUUGAGUUAUGUGUUAGCAGAUGUAUAUGCUAAACGGACUAUCUUCGUCAAUCAGCUUGGUGCAUCUGGACGUUCUUCUGUUUAUGGAAGACGAAUUGGCUUUCAGCUGAAUCACCGCAGCCAUAUUUCAACAAGAAAGAAGCAACAUGGGCAUUAUAUGAAGGCAGUUGCUACUGUUGAUUCAAAAUUCUUGGUUUCUCCUUCCAGUGAGAAUACUGAUGAACAUAAUGACAACUUGCCCUGUAGUUCUAUCUCAGUUAGCAAAAUGUUACAAUCUUCGACAGAAGAAAACACCCCUGAAAUAGAUGAGAGGGAAAAGUUGAGACGAAUGAGAAUCUCCAAAGCAAAUAAAGGGAAUGUUCCAUGGAAUAAGGGAAGGAAACACAGUGCAGAAACUAUUCAGCGAAUUCGAGAGAGGACCAGAUUAGCAAUGCAGGAUCCCAAGGUCAGGGCGAAGUUGGUGAACUUGGGACGUGCUCAGAGUGAGGAGACUAGGAUAAAAAUUGGCAUAGGAGUACGUGAAGGUUGGCAGAGACGGCGUCAAAAGCUGAUGAUACAGGAAGGCUGUGUUUUUGAGUGGCACAACAUAAUUGCAGCUGCUGCCAGAGAAGGUUUUGCUGGUGAAGAUGAGCUGCAAUGGAGUUCAUACAAGAUUUUGAGUGAACAGUUACAGCGGGAAUGGCUGGAAAGCAUUGAGAAGAGGAAAACAAUGCCUAGACCAAAAGGUAGCAAACGAGCACCAAAGUCACCUGAGCAACGAAGAAAGAUAUCGGAGGCCAUCUCUGCUAAGUGGGCAGAUCCUGAAUACCGUGACCGAGUUUGCAGUGCACUUGCUAAGUAUCAUGGCACAACUGUUGGAGCCGAAAGAAGACAAAGAAGAAAAGUAAGUGGCGGAACUCCUUUGAGAAGGAAACCUGAGAAAAAGAAAUUUGCAAAAUCCAACAGCAUUAGCGAUGAAGCAAAAAGCAUCAAGAAAGUAGUAUCUAAGCGAAAGAGAACUCCAUCAUAUAAAGACCCAAUGGCAAGUUCCAAACUGGAGAUGAUAAAGAAAAUUAGAGCCCAAAGAGAAGAGAUGGAAAUUAAAAAACGAGAAGCUACCGAAAGAGCAAAGUUAUUAAUUGCUGAAGCAGAGAAGGCAGCGCAAGCCCUUGAGUUGGCUGCACUGACAAACCCUGUUGCACAAGCUUCACUGUUGGAAACCAGGAAGCUGAUUGUCGAGGCAACACGGUCCAUUAAAAACAUAGAGCAGGGGCAAUUGACAUCACAGGGUACACGAGGUCAGACAUUUUCUGAUUCUGUUAGACCUAAUAAUCAUUUGCAGAACAGUCCAGGAAAUCUUAGCAGUCCGAAGUGGCCAAGCAAACUUGUAAAUGGAACUCAUCUUCUUUCUUCCAGUAUCAGUUACCACAGGGACUUGGAUUUUGUUAACUUAUCACCAUCAACCGAGGAAACCUCUAGCAAUGAUUCAUUUUUGCAUGAUGAGUUUUUGAUGAGGAAGUCAGUGAUGACAGACAACCAAAUGGUUUUCUCUAAGGUUGGUGGCUCCAUCAGAUACAAAAACCUCAAAUCUGAGGAAGAGGAAUCAGAUAUUUCUGAAAUAAAAAAUAGUGAGACAUCUGGAUCAUCGUUAUUCUUAAAGAAGAAUUGGGUUCGUGGGAGAUUUGUCGAAGUGGAAGAAGAAGAUGAUUUUUCAAAAUAAGGUGGCGUGGUGCAAGACAAGCAAAGGUUAGCAUGUCAAGAAACUAAGCCUUAUUUCUCUUUGGUGUAGUUUUGAUUCUCGGUCUGUUGGAAAUACAUUUACGAAUGACUGUAUAUGAAACUCACGCCAUCAAUUGAUGUCAAGCCAAAUAAGGCAGUCAAUUUGCAUGAUAACAAGAUCCUUCACGGAGAGGGAAUCUUAUUAGACCAACUAAAAUGUUGUUAGGGAUGGUUGUAUACACAUUAGAUUAUUAUGCUUAACAAGUAGCAAUACAGAAUUUCCUGUU